UUUCAGGUUUAACCUGCUGUCGAAUAGUGGAACAUUUUCUCAAUGCCUCAUCCUAAGCUCACUCCAAAAUGCGAAGCACCCCCCGAAAAGAGACUUGCACAUUUGGAGAUUAGAUUCAAAGAUCGCAGACAUAUCAUUCCUCCAUUAUUUCAUAAUGGCUGGGUGGGACGAAAUGAAGAUCGAACUUUACUCAACGACACAAUCAUUGAAUUUUAUAUGUGUGAUUGGAUGCGUUUGGAAGUGUUCGAUGAGGCUACAAGAGCCAGUAGUCACGUCUUUCAUUCAUUCUUCUUACCGAAAAUAAAGACUUGUUUUAAAGAUUUUAAGGAGAAUCCGCCACGGAGAUCAGAGCUCGCCAACCACUAUAACAGAUUCUUCCGCAGCAAAAAUGAUGCCGAAACGUUUCUCAAAAAAGAUAUUCUGCUAAUCCCAGUUCAUCUCGACAAACCGAAACAUUGGUUCCUCGUGAUUGUGCAUAAUCCAUCAGGCGCGGUUCGUCGAAUUUCCGACGUCAAUAUACUUGACGCGACCAAUAAAGUGAAGAGUAGACGAUUGUCAAGACGGAUAACCGGUCAUGUUAAUUGUGAUGAAAAUGCCGGUGAAUGUCGAAUUAUUAUCAUGGAUAGCCUGGUUCAUUCAAAAAAAUACAGAGAAGUUAUUGAUAAGACCCAUGAUUCCACUUUUGAUCACAUUCGUCUUUGGCUCCUGAUGUCCGCAGCUGCAACUGAUGUUGAUAUGUUUUGCACGAGAUUCCGAAAAGUUGUGUGUCAGAAGCUUCCGCAACAAAAAAAUUCAGUGGAUUGUGGUAUCUUUAUGAUGGCAUUCGCAGAGUAUUUUACAAAAUACAAUACUGCGUGGCAGAGCCUGCCGACAGAUGCUCUCGCUGAUUUGAAGAUGGACGACGAUAUCAAGUCGUUGUUGAAUAGUGAAACGCCACGACAACGUCUUGAUGAGCUAUUUCAAUCACUGAAAGCUUGAUUUUUUCUAAUAACACUGUAAUUUUUCACUCUUUCCUUCCUUCCUUGUGUUGUUUUUGUUCAAAUAUGAUUCGGGAACUUAAUAUCGAAUCAUGAAAUUUCUGUUUUUGUUCUUUUUUCUGAUUUCUGAAAACUAAUUGCAUGCCAAACUUCUUUUUUUUUCAAAUUUUUGCUGUAAAAUGAAAAUUUUGUUGCCUUUA